AUGGGCUCAGCAGGGCUCAGAGUUCUUGCUUUAGCUUCUGGUCCUGAACUGGGACAGCUGACAUUUCUUGGCCUGGUGGGAAUCAUUGAUCCUCCUAGAACUGGUGUGAAAGAAGCUGUUACAACACUCAUCGCCUCAGGAGUAUCAAUAAAAAUGAUUACUGGAGACUCACAGGAGACUGCAGUUGAAAUCGCUAGUCGUUUGGGAUUGUGUUCCAAAACUUCCCAGUCAGUCUCAGGAGAAGAAAUAGAUGCAAUGGAUGUCCAGCAGCUUUCACAAGUACUACCGAAGGUUGCAGUAUUUUACAGAGCUAGUCCAAGGCACAAGAUGAAAAUUAUUGAGUCUCUACAGAAGAAUGGGUCGGUUGUAGCCAUGACAGGAGAUGGAGUAAAUGAUGCAGUUGCUCUGAAGGCUGCAGAUAUUGGAACCGCAAUGGGUCAGACUGGCACAGAUGUUUGCAAAGAGGCAGCCGACAUGAUCCUGGUGGACGAUGAUUUCCAAACCAUAAUGUCUGCAACUGAAGAGGGUAAAGGGAUUUAUAAUAACAUUAAAAAUUUUGUUAGAUUCCAACUGAGCACGAGUAUAGCAGCAUUGACUUUAAUCUCACUGGCUACAUUAAUGAACUUUCCUAAUCCUCUCAAUGCCAUGCAGAUUUUGUGGAUCAAUAUUAUGGAUGGACCUCCAGCUCAGAGCCUUGGAGUAGAACCAGUGGAUAAAGGUGUCAUUCGUAAACCUCCACGCAACUGGAAGGACAGCAUUUUGACCAAAAACCUGAUACUUAAAAUACUUGUUUCAUCAAUAAUCAUUGUUUGUGGGACUUUAUUUGUCUUCUAGCGGGAGCUACGAGACAAUGUGAUAACACCUCGAGACACAACAAUGACCUUCACAUGCUUUGUGUUUUUUGACAUGUUCAAUGCACUAAGUUCUAGAUCCCAGACCAAGUCUGUGUUUGAGAUUGGACUCUGCAGUAAUAAAAUGUUUUGCUACGCAGUUCUUGGAUCCAUCAUGGGACAGUUAUUAGUUAUUUACUUUCCUCCACUUCAGAAAGUUUUUCAAACCGAGAGCCUAAGUAUACUGGAUCUGCUGUUUCUUUUGGGUCUCACCUCGUCAGUGUGCAUAGUGUCGGAAAUUAUAAAGAAAGUUGAGAGGAGCAGGGAAAAGAUUCAGAAGCAUGUUAGUUCAACAUCGUCGUCUUUUCUUGAAGUAUGAUGCAUAUUGCAUUCUUUUAUUUUUGCAAACUAGGAAUUGCAGUUUGAGGAUCAUUUAGAAGGGCAAAUUCAAGUGGAUAAUGAAGAUUUGAGAACUUUUUAACUUUUCAUUGACUUAAAAUAAGCAUUAAUGCUAAAGACUUGAUUGAAGACUUUAACCUGCUGACAGUCUCAAAUGAAAUUAUGUAACUUUGAUAACACA